CACGUUCAGCAAGACCAUCCGCGACCUCGACGGGGUGCUCCAGGGGCUGCCAGGUGGUCAAGCUCCCGGCUGGACAAUCGAGCAGACCCUCGUCGACCCAGCCGAGUCGAGCCAGAUCGGCCACGUCACCCGGAGCCAGCCCGUCUGCACCGCCCUCCAGAUCGCACUGGUCGACAUGCUGGCGAGCUGGGGCGUCGCGCCUGCGGCGGUGGUUGGCCACUCGUCGGGCGAGAUCGCCGCUGCCUACGCGGCAGGGCUGCUGAGUGCCCGCCAGGCCAUCCUGGUGGCAUAUUUCCGCGGGGUUGCCGUUGGCACACUGCGCGGGGAGGGUGCCAUGAUGGCGGCCGGGCUGGGCCCCGAGGCUGCCGGCCAGCUCAUACGGGACAGCGGCCUCGGCGACGAGGUAUGCGUUGCCUGUGUCAAUUCCCCCGAGAGCACGACGCUGAGCGGGUCUGCGGCUGGGAUCGAGCUCCUGAUGGCCAGCCUCCAGGAGCAGGGCAGGUUUGCGCGGGUGUUGCAGACAGGGGGUAGGGCGUACCACUCGGCCAUGAUGAAGCAGGUUGGCGCCCUUUAUGAGAACCUGCUCGCACCCCAUCUCGUUGGCGGGCCCGAGGUCUCUGCCGCCGUGGCCUCGUCAAGCAACGGCACAGGGCGGCGCGCGCAAAUGUUCUCGUCGGUGGGCUUCGAUGGCGAUCGCGUCGCAAGGGCCGACAGUGCGACCGUAACCUCGACCGAGUACUGGAGGAAUAACCUCGAGCGGCCAGUCCAGUUCUGGGGGGCGGUGCAGAACAUGUUGGCGAGCUCCGCCGGGUCGGGAGGAAAAGGGGAGCAGGGGAGAAGGGGGAGGAGUGGUCUUCACCUGGUCGAAGUUGGACCGCACAGCGCGCUCAAGGGGCCCUUGCAGCAGAUCCGCAAGCAUAUGGGCUGGGAAGAGGCCGCGGCUCCCUACUCUUGCGCGCUGGUCAGAGGCCAGGACGCGGACCUCUCGGCCAAGAAGCUCGCCGGCUUGUUGUUUCUCCAGGGCGUGGGCCUGUCCUGGCAGCACGUCAACGACAACUUCAACAUCAAUAUCACUAGCAGGGGGCAUCGAGGCCCACAGCUGGCACACCUCCCCCCAUACCCGUGGGACUACUCGGGGGGCCUCGUCUGGGUCGAACCUCGGGCCAGCAUCGAGACGCGCAACCGCCCGUUCCCACGGCACCCGCUCCUCGGCUCCCUCAGGGUCGCCGGCAGCGACCUCGACUGGCACUGGAAGAACCAGCUCAGCCUGAAGGAGGUGCCCUGGCUCCGCGACCACAAGAUCGAGACACAGGUUGUGUUCCCUGCCGCGGGCUACCUCGCGGUUGGAAUCGAAGCCCUGUCACAGGUACUACACCUGCGCAGCGUCGCUAGCGACAAGGACAGGCCAAAGAAUGAUUCGAACCAGACCAGGCGCGGCAACUCGGCCUCCGGCCGCCCUCUCUGGUUCGAGUUCCGCAACGUCAGCAUCAAUGCGGCGCUGGUGGUGGCCGACGAUGAGGACAAGAAGGGAAGCCAGGGGACAGAACAAGCCGAGCUGCACACGGCAAUGUCGCCGCGAGCCCUGUCGAGCACGACCACGUCGGCCGACUGGUACGACUUCUCCAUCUCGUCGUGGGCGGGGGGCAAGACGAGGGUGCACUGCGCUGGGGGUGUGCGAGGCCAUCAAGCCGAGCUUGACUUCAGCGCAGACACUGUCAAGGUUGGGCCCGACCAAGACCACGACCUGCAGGAGAGGAUCUCAGGGCAAGGGCUAGCGUCAGCGGCAUCGUACUACCAAAAGUUUGAGCACGAGGGCUUGUGCCUUGGGCCCCAGUUCCAGUCCGUCUCGGGGAUCGUCAGCCCCGGCGACGACCGUGAGGUCCUGGCCACGACCCUGCUGCGGCCUCAGAAGUUUGAUACAAACACGCAGCUCAGCCCUGACGAGGUUGGGCAGGAUGCGGUCCACACGAUCACCAUCGACGCCUGCAUCCAGGCAGGCAUCAUGUCUACCGCGGCGGGAGACAUGAGUGCCCUUGGAGCACACGUUCCCGUCUCCAUCCGCGAGUGUUGGGUCCGAGGGAACUGCGGCGAAAGCAGCACAGCCGGGGGCGACAAAACCCGAGCAACGGCGGCAGCCACGGCGGAAGCCCAAGGGACCAUCGACGCGCGGGCCCGCAAGACAGGCCUCUCAACCCACCGGGUCGACGCCACCCUCAGGGAUCCGCACAGCGCCACCCCGCUGGUCCACCUGCAGGACGUGCUCGUGUCGCACUACGCGGCCAAGGUGGCACCAGCAGCGACGGGCGCAGCGGCCCUCCUCCCGCGGCAGCCCUGCCUGCGCGUCGCCUGGAAGCCCGACGUCGGGCACCUGCGCGCGGGCUCGGGCGAGGCACUGCGCGGCUACCUGGCCGGCUUCGUGGACCACCUCCCGCAGAGGCUCCCCGACACGGGCCUGCCCGAGACGGCGUGCGACGCCGCCGUUGCGGCGCUGCUGGACCUCGCUGGCCACCGGAACCCGCGGAUGCGCGUGCUGCAGCUGGGGGACGAGUGCGGCUGCAGGGCGGCCGAGUGGACGGCCGUCCUGGACAAGGGGACUGCGGCACAGCGGUAUCAGUCGUGGAAGACGAUGAACCUAGGUCCGGCCGAUGGAAAUACUGACCACAUUGAGGGGGCUCCCAAUGGUGGUGAUGGUGGUGAUGAUAAUGACGACGAUCAUGCGAGCGAGCAUGUGUUUGAUGUGGUGCUUCUUACCAGCCGAAAGCAGGGUCGAGAGUAUUGGGCAAAGCAUCCAACCGACAUCCUUUCCCGAGUUGCGAGAGGAGGUAUCGUCAUCACUCGUCAGACGGCCGUGAGCGCCGAGGUCCUUCGCAAGGCAGGAUUCAGGGUGGUUGAGAUGGGCAACGGACUCAUCUGUGGCGUCCGUCCUGAAGACAGUCCAGCCGGCUUGCUUGAAGGCAAGCGGUUUGUGAUCCUGACCCGAAAAGCGUUGCCAUGCCCCCUUUCAGAGAUAUUUGCGGAAGCCAUAGCAACACAGCUGCAGGACCAGGCCGGCGCGUGCAGCGUCGAGGUGGUACCCCUCGAGAAUGCCCCGCAGACAAGCCUGACCAAGGACACGAUAUGUAUCUCGCUCGUCGAGGUGGCCGACAAGUUCCUGGCAACCAUGGGCCAGGAGGACAUGGACCGGCUCCGCAGCGUCACGGGCCGCGUCAAGACGCUGCUGUGGCUCACGGGCGCCGACACGCUGGGCAGCAAGCCGCGGCCUGACCUGGCGCUGUGCAACGGCCUCUCGCGCGCCGUGAUGCUGGAACAGCCGGCGCUGCGCUUCGUGGUCAUGGACGUGGGUGCCGCGCCGCAGUGGAUGCUGCCGUCGACACGCGAGAACAUCGUGAGCGUGCUGGCGGGUUCCGUCGGCCACGCUGAUCGGGCGGACAGCGAGUUCGUGCAGCAUGACGGCCUCGUCUACAUCAGCCGCUUCACCCCCGACACCGUCCUGAACACGACCUUCAACAACCGCAUGCACCUGGGGAAUCCCGAGACGAGUGCACAGCAAGGAGACCAUAUCCGACUCACCCCGCUGGCCGAAGCCCGGCCGGCGCAGCUCGCCAUCGGCCGGGUCGGCGUCAGUGAAACAAUCCACUUCCAGGCAAAGGACCAACCCCAGGUCCAGGGCGAGGGCCCCCCAGCAGGCUCGAUCGACGUGUUGAUCAAGGCCAUCAGCCUGAAUGCCAAGAACGUGUACGCCCUCAACGGCCGCCUGGAGACGCAAGCCGCGUCCAACGCAGACGAGCUCAGCGGCAUCGUCACCGCCGUCGGCCCGGGCGUCACCACGCCACGUCCCGGCGACCGCGUCUUCGGCUGCGCGCCGGGCCAGCUCGCAACCACGAUGCGCAUGAGGGCCACCGACGCCCACGUGAUGCUCGACGCGGAGAGCUUCACCGUCAUGCCCACCCUGCUGACCGUGUACAUGACGGCGCUGUACGCCUUCGGGCCCCGCGCCAACCUGCGCGCCGGCGAGACGGUUCUCAUCCACGGGGGCGCCGGCGCCCUGGGCUGGGCGGCCAUCACGAUCGCGAGGCGCCUCGGCGCCGUCGUCUACACCACCGCCGGGUCGGCCGCCAAGCGGCGCUUCAUCACCGGCGAGCUCGGCAUCCCCGCCGAGCGGGUGUUUGGGUCGCGCGACGCGGGCUUUGUCGAGGGCCUGCGGCGGGCCACGGGCGGCCGCAUGGCCGACGUCGUCGUUAACUUCCUCGUCGGGGACCUGCUCCACGAGAGCUGGCGCUGCGUGGGCCCCUAUGGCCGCUUCGUCGAGGUGGGCAAGCGCGACCUCAUCGAGGGCGGCCGCCUGGACAUGGACGUCUUCUUGCGCGGUGCGACAUUCACUGCUUUUGACUUGCACGACUUGAUGAUGUUGGACGACGAGCAUCACCGCCAGGUGUGGGACAGGCUCGGCAGUGACGUUGUAAGGCUGUAUCGUGCUGGUGAAAUCAAAGCACCGCCCAUUAAAACGUUUGAUGUGUCCGAUGUUGUGCAGGCCUACCGAUUCUUCUCCACCCCAGACCGGGUGGGCAAGGUCGUGAUUUCUUUUGAGAACGAGUCAUCUCUGAUCCUGCUUGCCCCGCGGAAAUACACCGCGACCCUAGAUCCUAACAAGACGUAUCUCCUCAUCGGGUGCCUCGGCGGCCUUGGUCGCAGCCUCAGCCGCUGGCUCUUGUCCCGCGGCGCCCGCAACUUUGUCUUCCUCGGCCGCACGGGUGCGGAUAAGAAGAGCGCCAGAGACAUGGUCAGGCGCCUGGAGGCCAGCGGCGCGACCGUAGCUGUCGUCCGUGGCGAUGUCACAGACCGCGCCCACGUCGAGGCCGCCGUAGGCGCAUGCAUCGCCACCGGGAAGCCCGUCGGCGGCGUUGUCCAGGCUGCGAUGGGCCUCGACGAAGGGCUCUUUGCGUCCAUGACCAGCGGUGCGUGGCACACCGGGAUCCAGCCCAAGGUGAAGGGCACGUGGAACCUGCACGAGGUGCUCGAGGAGGCUGCGGCCAGCGGCCACGCCAGCCUCGACUUCUUCCUGCUCAUGUCGUCCGUGUCGGGGAGCGUGGGCACCGCGACCGAGAGCAACUACUGCGCCGCCAACUGCUUCCUCGACGCCUUCGCCAACUGGCGCCGCUCGCAGGGCAAGACGGCCGUGUCCCUCGGCCUGGGCAUGAUCUCCGAGGUGGGCUACCUGCACGAGAACCCCGAGAUCGAGGCGCUGCUCCUGCGCCGGGGCAUCCAGCCCCUGACUGAGGCCGAGUUCCUGCAGACGAUCGACCUCGCCCUGUCCGGGACGGCCGGGCAGGUCUCGGGCCAACAGCCCCGGGGCCCGUGGGCGGACACGGCCCACAUCCUGACGGGACUGGAGCCGCUCGGCGUCUUGCGCCUCCAGGACCAAGGGUUUGACGUGACCCACGCGUCCAUGGACGACCCACGGGCGUCUGUGCUGUUUGCGGCGCUGUCGGCCGAGCAGGAAGCAAGGAACAAGACACGGGACCGUGGGCACGGGGCCGGCACCAACGGAGCUGGCAGCAACUCAGCCCGCGCCGCCUGGUUUUCCAGCCUGCCGGCGACGGUGCGCAAGGCCCUCCAGGCCGAGGCACAUGCUCCCACGAUGCAGGUGGCCGUGCUGAACCUGCUGCGCAGGCGGUUUUCCUCCCUCAUCCUGGUAUCCCCCGACAAGGUCGAGGACGACAGGUCGCUGGCCAACUUCGGCGUCGACAGCAUGAUCGCCUCCGAGUUUCGCACUUGGAUCUGGGCCGCCUUCAAGGUCGACAUUCCUUUCCUCGACAUUCUCAGCCAUGAAAGGACGCUGGGCACCCUCGCCGCCUCGGUGGCCGACGAGUUGGGGCGGGCCUGAUCACCAGCCAGCCAUGUGUGUGCAUUUUGUAUAAGAACAAA